GUCAUCUCUUCUCUGUCGGUCAUAGAGUUGCUGUUGGCUUAUGAUGAAUCCAAUGGCUGCAGGCCGCACACUUCCGAGAGCUCUAAGAGCUUCUCGGCUUCUCAAUCAGCAUACGAGCUUGUCUACAAUUACCGGAAGUCAGCGAACCCAAGUCUCUUUAUCGACAUCAUGUCCGGCAACAUACAGGGCCCUGCAUACUACCCGAUCGCAAAAGUCGACCAAUGCUGCUGCGAGGGACUCGUCCAAUCCCGCCAUGUCUUUUCCGUGUCUCGAUGCGCAGGAUGCAAAGUCUGCCCAGCUCUCCGCACGAUCCCUCCAGUCCGGCCCCGAACCUUCAUAUACCACUGGCCAUCACCGAAAGUUUCACUGCGAACAACCCUUACUACUUGAUUGGGGGGGUAUACUUCCAGAGUUUGACAUCGCCUACGAAACAUGGGGCCACUUGAAUUCUGACAAGUCGAAUGCUAUCUUACUGCACACCGGUCUGUCCGCGUCCAGUCACGCCCAUAGCACGGAGGCCAACCCCAAGCCCGGCUGGUGGGAGAGAUUUAUCGGGCCUGGCAAACCUUUGGACACGAAUAAGUACUUUGUCAUCUGCACCAACGUCGUUGGAGGAUGCUAUGGUAGCACAGGGCCUUCGUCAGUGGACCCCUCUGACGGAAAGCGAUACGCUACUCGGUUCCCUAUCCUCACGAUUGACGACAUGGUUCGGGCACAGUUUCGUCUCCUGGACUCACUUGGCAUUAACAAACUCUACGCCUCUGUCGGAUCCAGCAUGGGCGGUAUGCAAAGUCUUGCUGCCGGUGUUCUUUUCCCUGAAAGGAUUGGCAAGAUUAUCAGUAUCAGUGGUUGUGCGCGAAGCCACCCCUACAGCAUUGCCAUGCGACACACCCAGCGACAAGUACUAAUGAUGGACCCGAAAUGGGCCCGUGGUUUCUACUAUGACUCGAUUCCUCCGCACUCUGGAAUGAAGCUGGCGAGAGAGAUCGCAACCGUGACAUACAGAAGCGGUCCGGAGUGGGAGAAGCGGUUCGGGCGCAAACGCGCAGACCCUAACAAGCAACCUGCUCUGUGCCCGGAUUUCCUGAUUGAGACAUACCUGGAUCACGCAGGAGAGAAGUUCUGCCUGGAAUACGAUCCUAACAGUCUGCUAUACAUCUCCAAGGCCAUGGAUCUGUUUGAUCUCGGCCAUGCUCACCAGACCGAGACCAGAGCUCGAAGAGCCGAGUUUGAGGCUGAAAUUGCCGACGGCGGAAAGGCCCUGCACGAAAGCAAUAUCUCAUGUAGUCUGACUCUCCCAGAGAAACCUUACGAGGAGCAACCCUCUGUAAACGCCUCCGCUCCUGCUAUGGACCAGGCUGUGGGUGGUGGUGAUAUUGGAGCAGAUGCUCCCCCGCAGGAUCUUGUCGCCGGCCUUGCGCCGCUCAAGAACCACCCGGUUUUGGUCAUGGGCGUCGCCAGUGAUAUACUCUUUCCGGCUUGGCAACAGCGAGAAAUCGCCCAGACCCUUCGGGCUACCGGAAACAAGAACGUCGAGCACAUUGAACUUGGAGAGGACGUUUCGCUCUUUGGGCAUGACACGUUCCUUCUGGAUUUGAAGAACAUCGGCGGUGCGGUAGCCAAGUUCCUGUAACCAACGCAAUCCGGAGCAACUGUUUGAUUAUUUUUUCCCCCCAUGUGGUAAUGAAGAAAGCGGGCGAUGAUUUGUGUUUAGCGCGAUGUUAUUGUCUCAUUUCAUUCCAUGACUAGCUGUAUAUAGUACAUAUUACCUCAUUCCCUGCAAUGCCCUGUAUCUAGAUACAUUUCACACAUCACGACGGAAUACGAUCAUCC